GGCCGGCAUCCGCAGGCCGUGUGUGGACGCGGACGCCGCGCGGGGCCCCCCGCUCCGGGCUCGGGGUUCGGGGCUUGGGGUGCCGGGCGGGCGGCGGGCCCCAGGACCGAGCUCCGGACCGAGUGUGCCCCCCUCCCCCGUCCGGCCGUGCGUCCCACCCCCGGCGCAGCCCACCUCCCUUCCUUGCUCCGAUGGUGCAGGAUCGCACAGGGCAGCCCCGGCAAUGUGGGGGUGACCGUCAGCGCGCGUUCCAGGAGCCCGUGAGAGCGGAGGGGACCCGGGCCAGGUGGACGCCCGUCGGCUGGCAGGGCGACACAGGUGUUCGGAAUGGAAGCAGAAGGCUUGGAUUGGCUUUUGGUCCCCUUGCACCAGCUGGUUUCCUGGGGGGCAGCUGGGGCCAUGGUCUUCGGAGGGGUGGUGCCAUAUAUCCCCCAGUACAGGGACAUCCGGAGGACUCAGAAUGCUGAGGGCUUCUCUACCUACGUGUGUCUAGUGCUCCUGGUGGCUAAUAUUUUACGGAUCCUCUUCUGGUUUGGAAGGCAUUUUGAGUCCCCGCUGCUGUGGCAAAGCGUAGUCAUGAUCUUGACCAUGUUCCUGAUGUUGAAGCUGUGCACGGACGUCCGCGUGGCCGGUGAGCUGCACGUAAAACGCCGUUUCUUCGCAGCUGCAGAUAAUAAGGAUGAAGAAGUCAAGUUCCCCCCCAGGCGGUCGUAUCUGGACUUUGACCCUCACUACUUCUGGCACUGGAGCAGCUUUGGGGACUACGUGCAGUGUGUCCUGGCCUUCACGGGAGUGGCGGGCUACGUCACAUACCUGUCCAUCGACUCAGCCCUGUUUGUGGAGACCCUGGGCUUCCUGGCUGUGCUGACCGAGGCCAUGCUGGGCGUCCCACAGCUCUACCGCAACUACCGCCACCAGUCCACUGAGGGAAUGAGGUCCAUUGGCCAUCCCUCCUGUGAUAUGGCUUACAGCGCCUUCCCUACCCAGUUCUCCCUGGAUGGGUCUAUUCAAGUGAAACAUGACAGAAGAAGAUUAGCGUGCAUCUUCAGAUCUGAAUGUGCUGUGGGAGGCCUCUCCAGUGGCUGGGGCAGGGUAUCUCCUCCCUGGGGACCCUUGGCACCUGCAGACUUGCUGAGGCCGACCACCUGAUCUGUGGCCACAGCGUGCUCACAGUGGGCUCACAUUGCUGCUGUACCUGCUGCUUCCAAGCCCACCUGUGUGUUCGGCUGCACCUGGACUGUCACUGUUGACUGGUUAGAUCCUGUAGGCAGCUCUUAUUAUGUCCGGCAUGCAGGGGUUACCCUGACAAUUGAAUCCAACAUUGUCUCAACUUUCCAAGUCUAAGCUUUUGUGAUGGGAAAGGACUGUCCAAGGGUCAGAGGCAGGCCAGAGUAGAGGCUGCCGAUGUCUGUGGCUGGAGGCUGUGCUCCACGGACAGGAAACAGAGUUCACAUCCCUAGAAGGCAGAGAUUCAAGCUGCUGCUGCUGCUGCUUUUUCUUCUUUUUCUUUUUUAAGAUUAUUUAUUUUAGAGAGAGAGUGGGGGGAGGGGCGGAGUGAGAGGGAGAGAGAGAAUCUCAAGCAGAUCCACGCUGAGCAUGGAGCCCCACACAGAGCUCAAUCCCAACACCCUGAGGUCAUGACCGGAGCUGAAAUCAAGAGUUGGGUGCUCGACCCACUGAGCCAGCCAGGUGCCCCAAGCGUCAAGCUUCUUAAUGUAGGAAAUGACACAACAGCUUAAUCCCCCAACACGAGCAGCUUGCAGGGCACUCAGGAAAUUGCAAAAACAAUUCUAUUGGUGGUAACAUGAAACAUAUAAAUACUUAGGAAUUAAUACUUAGGAGGUAAAAGACUUAUACGAUGAAAACUACAAAACACUGUUGAAAGAAAUCGAAGACAUAACUAAAUGGGAAGAUGCCCCAUGUUCACGGACUGGAAGACUCAGUAUUGUGAAAAUGUCAAUACUACCCAAAACAAUCUCAGAUUUAAUGGAAUCCCUAUCAAAAUCCUGUGAUUUUUUUUUUUUGGCAGAAAUAGGAAAACCAGUCCUAAAAUUCAUAUGGAAUAUAGAGGGACCCCAAGGAGUGAAAACAAUCUCAAAAAGGAACAAAACUAGAUUUCACACUUUCAGAUUUCAAAAAUAAUGGCAAAGGUACAGUAAUCAAGACAGUGUGUUAUUGGCAUAAAGACAAAUAAACCAGUGGGAUAGAGCAGAGGGCCCAGAAACAACUAUCACAUAUAUGGUUAAAUGAUUUUCAGCAAGGGUGCCAAGACCAUUCAGUGGAGAAAGGACAGUCUUCUCAGGAAAUGGUGCUGGGGAAAUGGGAUAUCCACGUGCAAAAGAAUGAAGUUAGACCCUUACCUGGCACCAUUUAUAAAAAUUAACUCAAAAUGGAUCAAAGAGCUAGAACAAUACAAUUCUUAGAAGAAAACAUAGGAGAAAAGCAUCGUGAUGUUGGAUUUGGCAGUGAUUUCUUGGAUGUGACACCGAAGGCACAGGAAAAAACCAAGGGGCAGAUUGGACUUCAUAAAACCAAAAAGUUUUAUGCAUCAAAAGGCUAUCCACAGAGUAAGAAGGCAACCAUUCUAUAGAACGGGAGAAAAUAUGUGCAAAUCAUCUAUCCAAUAAGGGAUUAAUAUUGAGACUAUAGAAAGAGCUUCUAAAACUCAAUGACAGAAAAACCAAACAACAAUUAAAAAUGAACAAAAGACUGGAAAAAUAUUUUUCCAAGGCGUAUGUACAAGUGGCCAAUAAGCCCAAGAAAAGAGGCUCAGCCUCCCUACUCAUCAGGGAAAUGUAGCUCAGACGCACUGAGGUCCUACCUCACACGGAGUAAGGGUGUGACCAGCACCGGCAAGUGUCGGUGAGGGUGUAGAGAAAGAGGAACCUUCAUGCACCGUGGGUGGGAAUGCAAGCUGGUGCAGCCCCCGUGGAAAACAGUAUGGAGAUCCAGCAGCUCUGCUUCUGCAUAUCUCCCCAAAGAGUCGAAAGCAGGGCCCUGAGGUGUUUGUACACUCAUAUUCACAGCUGCAGUAUUCACAACAGCUAAAAUGGGGAAGCAGCCCAGGUGUCCGUCGAUGGAUGAAUGGAUCAGCAAAUAUGCAAUAUAACGGUUUAUAGGAAACAUCUAUUUGGUCAUUCAGAUGACCUCUUCAGAGAGCUUCAGGCUGGUGAAGACAUGCAGACUUGGGGAGAGGGGUGCAUCUGGAGAGGGCAUGGGAGCUCCAGGCCCUUUACCCAACUUUGUUGAGAUUCCAUUGCCCAUUUCAAGUGUACAGUUGGAGGGAUUUUAGUCUGUCCACAGAACUGUGCAACCACCACCAUUGUCUAAUAUCAGAACAUUUUCAUCGCUGCAAAAAGGAGCCUUGUCCCUGCUGGUGAUCAGUCCUCAUUCGCUCCCAGCCUCUUCCGCCUUCUGCCCUCGGCAACCACUGCUCUGCUGUCUCUAAGGACACUUCGCGUAAAUGGAGUCGUGGAACCCCGACGCUGUUCCCAGGCUCCGCUGUGUACGACGUAUCGGUGCUCCCCUCCUGAGGCUGGACCGUAGUAUUUUGUUGUACGGAUAUUUCCACGUCUGUACUUCAGUCAGUGGACGUUGGACUGUUCAGCAUCUUUCUGGCUAUUACAAAUAACGCUGCUGUGAAAUUCAUGUGCAAGUUUCUGUGUGGACAUUUGUUUUCAUUUCUCUUGGAAGAGACCGGCAGUGGAAGUGUUGGGUCAGAUGGCAGCUCUGUGUUUAAUUAUGGGAGGAGCUGCCAUGCUGUGUCCACGGUGGCAUGUGAGGGCUCUGACCCUUAGUGUCCUCACCAGCACGGUCACUAUGUGGCCUCUCGGUUCUAGCCAUCCUAGUGGCUGUCACGCGGGAUCUCAGUGUGGUUUGGAUUUGCAUUUCCCUGAUGACUAAUGAUGUUCAUCUUUUCAUGUGCUUUUUGGCCAUCUGUGUAUCUUCUUUGGAGAAAUGUCUGUUCCAGUCCUCUGCCCAUUUUUAAAUUUGGUUGGUUGUCUUUUUAUUGCUGAGUUGUAGAGUUCCUUACAUGCACUGGACCCUAGAGCCUCAUCAGGCAUGUGAUUUGCAGUUUUUUCCUCCCAUCCUGUGGAUUGUCUUUUCACUCUCCUGAUAUUUUCCUUUUUGGCACAAAAGAUUUUAAAUUUGCUGAAGUCUAAUGUAUUUGUGUGUGGGGGUGGGGUGGGGUGGGUGUUGCUUCGCUUUUUUUGUCAUACCCAAGAAACCUCUGUCUAACCCAAGGUCACAAAAACCUAUUCCUUUGGGAUGUGUUUGGGGUGGAUUUUGAAUUACAGGAGAGCUUGUGAUAGGUGGAAAGAGGGGAAGGUCUGCGUCUAGGCUGGGGGAGUAGCAGUGAGGGGAGGGCUGGGAGACCAUAGGAGUUGGCAUGCCUGAGUUGGGCUCUGGGGGAGGCUGGGCAGACACGGGAGCUGGGCCAUCAUCUCUUGGGGCACCAACUGGGAAGAGGCUUUCUGGACUGCUGGACGGGGCAAGGAUGAGGUGAGAGGAAUUUUAGGAAUAGUUUGGGAGGAAAAAUGCAGGAGCCAAGAAUGAGGUAACAGGAGCCUGGAUUAAAAUAGUGGAAGGACCGGGACAGCAGGUGGGGUUGGUGACGGGCAGAGAAAUCCAGCUCCCAGGCUACCAGCCUGAGCAGGAAGCAUGCAGCCUGGGGCCUGGGAGGUGACAGUCCGGGCUUCCCACAUUGUUGGAGCUCUGGGCUGGUUGAGUGUUCUCCAUCCAAGGAGGGGGGUCCGCUGGGGUGGGAACUCCAGGACAUACAUCCUGGCAUGUUGUGGAGCGAUAGCCCAACUCCUGGGGCUCAUCCCUCCCUCCUACAGUUGUUGUGGAUGAUGGGAAUUCACAGCUCGUUGAAGGUCCUGGGAGGUGUGGGGGCAGGGCACCUCGGGGUCUCGGGGUGACAGCUUGUACAUCCAGAGCCCUCGUUCCCUGCACAAGGGCGUCCCUUCCUGAUGAGCAGACCAGUCAGGGUGGGGUUUGUUUCCUGCGCGGGACCAGGCAGGUAUGACUUGAUUAGUAUCUGACCUGGCUGCCAUGUCCCCGCCCCACCCCGAGCCCUCCACCGAGGCAGCUGGUGUGAGGCCUCAACAAGGUUGUCCCAUUCCUGACCCUGAGCCAUAGCUGGCCCAAGGGCCAAGGCUGGGUGAGGCAUCUCUGCAGCUAAGAACGCUCCUUACGUCAGGCAGAGCCCCACCUGCCGCGGUGACCUCACGUCUCCACUGGCGAGGGUGGAGAGUGCACCUGUGUGUUCAGGGCCCAGAGGGGCUCUGACAAGGUGCCAGGCUCCAGCUGCUCCUUCUGCCUGUCCCACAGGGAGCGUGCCAUGUGCCUCUGUGUGGAGUCCUGCCUCGCUUGGAGCCAGCAGUGAAUGGAGGGUCCGGCUUCCUGCAAGGUGGCCAUCUCAGGGGGGCCGGGAACACCCUCAGCCCAGGACUGGCCCACCUUGAGGAGCUGGGGACAGAGGCAGGGCCUUUCCAGGCUGGCGUCCCUCCAGCUCCGGCUGCUCCCCCCGCAGGUCCGCUAGAGAAGGUUCCAGCCCGGCCCCCUGACGAACCCUGCUGCCUGGGCUAGAACAAGCUCUGUGGCUCGUUAGGGUUCAUUGUGUUUUGAGGGAGGUCUUUCCAUCUCUUACUAAAAUUCGGGUAUCUCUAGGGAAGACUGUGCCUUGAGCUCUCAAUUCUGUUAAACAGAACUGGCCUCCUUUGCUGAGCCCUGUUGCUUCUCUCCUUGUCUUCACGGCCUUUUGCAGAAUGCUUGGUUGCUUUUUGAGCUUCUCCUUGGAAUGCUUGCCCUGUGGGUGCUCGUUUUCCUUGGAAAAGCGCAGGGGUGUGAGUGUGGGAGCUGCGAGCAGGCCCGCCCCUCCACGGUGCCGUUCAGACCGCACAUCUCAGCCCCAGUGGGCCAGGUGCCUGCAGCCUCCCGGGGGGGCCUGGCCCAGGCCUGCAGGCCUCUGUGUGCCAUCGGCUCUGUCCCCUGGUUGACCUGCUUCCCUCCCUCCGUUUGCACGGCCUUGGAAAGUGUAGGGUUUUCGAUCACCGCAGGCAGCAGAUCCUGUGGGAACUGUCCUUCCUGCUGCUCGGCUGCCUUGUCCGGGGUGGGCGAGGCCAGUGGUCUACAGGGACCCGUUGGGGAAGGUGGCCAGUGGUGCAGCGCCAGCCCGAACCACCAAUCUCAGAUCUUUUUCACGGGGCUGCCGAAGGUAAGCGCACCUCUCCCCGAGUGCAGCUGAGAGCCUGGACAGAGGCGCGGGGCAGCGCUGGGGGCUGCGGCAGUCAGCGGGAGCCGGCAGGGUGGGGGAAGGAAGCCAUGUGCAUGCCGGCCGCGGGCUGUUCUGCUCUCCGUCGGUGUCUGCCAUCCUGGGCUCAGCACGGCCUGGAGCUCAGGGCUGUGCCCUGGGCUGGGCGGGAGGAGCUCCCAGCUCAGCUGCCGCUGCUGGGAGUGUGGGAAGGGGUGAGGAGGAGCCGUGGCUGUUGACGUUUUGGUACUGCUCCUACACCCGGGCCCCAGCAGGCCGCAGUCCCGAAGCGGCAGCCUUCAAAGCUGGUGGCAGGCGUCGGGCGUCAGAGAAGAAGAUCCUGAGAGCGAAGGGGAAUCCCGAGGCUCUUCCCCUCCCCCUCCCACCGCGUGGCCCUGGGGGCAGAUCAGCGCCGGGGGCCCUGGCUUUCUGGCCGGAGGACAAGGGAGAAGAGUGUCUCUGAGGCACAGAGUCAGGAGAUUGGGACAGGGAUCCGGUGAAGCUGAACGUGAACUCCCGGGCUCAUCCCCAAGCGUCGUGUGCAUGGAUUUGGCCCUAACCUACCUCCCAAAGGCGUUGAGAACUGAGUGGUGGGGUAGGUCACUGCCCGUGUCCCAGACCCGCCACUGCGUGCUGCCCAUGGAGUACAGACCCAGAUGGCCCUGCAGGGGCUUUGGAGAUGGAGCUGAAUUGAAUUGCAGGCUACGUGCUGCUUGAACUGAACCGUGCCAAUUGCCUGUUAGAACAGAAAACCUGAUAUUCUCCAUAGGCUCUAAUAAGACUUAGAGUCUCAUUACGUAAUGUUAAAAAUGUCCAGGAUACAAACCGAAAUUACUCAGCAUAGGAAGCGUCAGGAACAUCUCAACAGCUCUCAAAGGAGAAGACAAUACAGACAAUCAGGGCACACGGGCUUGGGAACGGGCACUGGGAAACAGUCUAGAGAGAAGGGCAAACACUCUGGAAAUGAAUGGAAAAUGGGACAUCUUAGCAAAGAAAUGGAAGCUAUAAAAAAAAAA